CAAUAGCGACGACUUUAGAGUUUGGAUUAUUGUCAAUUUUCACAACUCAGCAGCUCUUAUCCUUUUUCUUCUUCUAGUUCUCUGCCACAAGUUUACUUCUUCUUUUGUGUAAACGCAGGAUGGGAGGUUGUGUCUCUGUAUCAAUAUCAUGUGAUCAGUUGACGAAGAAUGUUUGUAGUUGCUUAAACAGGAAUGGAGAUUACAUUCAUGGCUUAGAGGAGAAUCUGACAGCUCUGCAGAGAGCUCUUGAGCAGAUUGAGCAAAGACGAGAAGAUUUGUUGAGAAAGAUUUUGUCUGAAGAAAGACGAGGUUUACAACGACUUUCUGUUGUGCAAGGAUGGGUUUCAAAAGUUGAAGCAAUAGUACCUCGAGUUAACGAACUCGUCAGAAUGAGAUCUGUUCAAGUCCAAAGGUUGUGUCUUUGUGGGUUUUGUUCCAAGAAUCUUGUCUCAAGCUACCGUUAUGGGAAGAGAGUAAUGAAGAUGAUAGAGGAAGUUGAGGUUCUUCGAUAUCAGGGAGAUUUCGCUGUGGUGGCUGAGAGAGUUGAUGCAGCAAGAGUGGAAGAGAGGCCUACUAGACCUAUGGUUGCUAUGGAUCCAAUGCUUGAGAGUGCGUGGAACCGUCUAAUGGAAGAUGAGAUUGGGAUUCUUGGUCUUCAUGGUAUGGGUGGAGUAGGUAAAACUACACUUCUCAGUCAUAUCAACAAUAGAUUCUCUAGAGUUGGGGGCGAGUUUGAUAUUGUGAUUUGGAUUGUGGUCUCCAAAGAGUUACAGAUCCAGAGGAUCCAAGAUGAGAUAUGGGAGAAGUUACGGUCUGAUAACGAGAAGUGGAAACAGAAAACAGAGGACAUAAAAGCAUCUAACAUUUACAAUGUGUUAAAGCACAAAAGGUUUGUCUUGUUAUUGGAUGACAUAUGGAGUAAAGUGGAUUUAACAGAGGUGGGAGUUCCGUUUCCGAGUAGAGAAAACGGAUGCAAAAUAGUAUUCACCACUCGGUUGAAAGAAAUCUGCGGGCGGAUGGGAGUUGAUAGCGAUAUGGAAGUCCGGUGUUUAGCCCCGGAUGAUGCGUGGGAUUUGUUUACUAAGAAAGUAGGAGAGAUCACAUUAGGGAGCCACCCUGAGAUUCCCACAGUCGCAAGAACAGUUGCUAAGAAAUGUCGCGGCCUACCAUUGGCCCUUAACGUCAUUGGUGAAACAAUGGCAUAUAAAAGGACAGUGCAAGAAUGGCGUUCAGCAAUCGACGUUUUGACUUCAUCUGCAGCUGAGUUUUCAGGUAUGGAAGAUGAGAUUCUACCUAUUCUAAAGUACAGCUAUGAUAAUUUAAAAAGUGAACAGCUCAAAUUGUGCUUCCAGUACUGUGCUUUGUUUCCAGAAGAUCAUAACAUUGAGAAAAAUGAUUUGGUAGAUUACUGGAUAGGUGAGGGAUUCAUAGAUAGAAACAAAGGUAAAGCUGAGAACCAAGGUUAUGAAAUUAUCGGUAUUCUAGUUCGUUCAUGCUUAUUGAUGGAGGAGAAUCAAGAAACGGUGAAGAUGCAUGAUGUGGUCCGAGAAAUGGCAUUGUGGAUAGCAUCUGAUUUUGGAAAGCAAAAAGAAAACUUUAUAGUGCAAGCGGGCUUACAGUCGAGGAACAUACCUGAGAUCGAGAAGUGGAAAGUUGCGAGAAGGGUGUCAUUGAUGUUUAACAACAUUGAAAGUAUACGUGAUGCUCCUGAAUCUCCCCAACUUAUAACUUUGCUCCUCCGAAAGAACUUCUUGGGGCAUAUCUCAAGCAGCUUCUUUCGGUUGAUGCCAAUGCUAGUUGUUCUUGAUCUAUCAAUGAACAGGGAUCUCAGACAUUUGCCAAAUGAAAUAUCAGAAUGUGUCUCAUUGCAGUAUCUGAGCUUAUCACGUACAAGGAUAAGGAUUUGGCCUGCUGGUUUAGUAGAGUUGAGGAAACUUUUAUACCUGAAUUUGGAGUACACAAGGAUGGUAGAGAGUAUCUGUGGCAUAUCAGGUUUAACAAGUUUGAAAGUGUUGAGAUUAUUUGUUUCCGGUUUCCCUGAAGAUCCCUGUGUUUUGAACGAGUUGCAGCUUUUGGAAAACUUGCAAACUUUAACCAUAACUCUUGGUCUUGCUUCUAUUUUGGAACAAUUCCUUAGCAACCAGAGGUUGGCAAGCUGUACACGAGCUCUGCGCAUCGAGAAUCUUAAUCCGCAAUCAUCUGUAAUCUCAUUUGUUGCUACUAUGGACAGUCUUCAAGAGCUUCAUUUUGCAGACUCUGACAUUUGGGAGAUCAAGGUAAAGAGGAAUGAGACGGUUUUGCCUCUGCACAUCCCAACCACUACCACAUUCUUCCCAAACCUCUCGCAAGUGUCUUUAGAAUUCUGCACAAGAUUGCGGGAUUUGACGUGGCUGAUCUUUGCUCCAAAUCUUACGGUUCUACGAGUAAUUUCAGCGAGUGACCUGAAAGAAGUAAUAAACAAAGAGAAAGCUGAGCAGCAAAACCUUAUUCCCUUCCAAGAACUAAAAGAGUUGCGGCUAGAAAAUGUUCAGAUGCUAAAACACAUCCACCGGGGUCCCCUGCCAUUUCCCUGUUUACAGAAAAUUUUGGUUAAUGGAUGCUCAGAGCUGAGAAAACUUCCACUCAAUUUCACGAGUGUCCCAAGAGGUGAUCUUGUCAUAGAGGCACAUAAAAAAUGGAUAGAAAUCCUUGAAUGGGAAGAUGAAGCCACCAAAGCCCGUUUCUUGCCUACACUCAAGGCUUUUCCGGAGAACAUCGACGCUGACGGCUAUGAGAUUUCCUUCUGAGACGAUGACUUCUUGUUGCUGAUAUUGAGUGACUUAAAUAUUCAGACAUAAGUGUUAUUGCUCCAACUCAACAUAUGUUAUUAAAUUCACUUUCAUUAAGUAUGGGGUUCAAGUUGUUUCAACCAUAUCAGAUGGUUCUUGAAACAACUUCAACCAAAUAAAUAUUCCGGGAAAUAAGGAAAACGAAGU